AUCCAUCUAACUGCCGAGGACUCCUUCUAUGGAUGGACUCCCAUUCACUGGGCUGCUCACUAUGGACAGGUUAGCAUGCAAUCACCACAAUAGUGGUGUCCAUGAAACACGAAAGAGGGUUAAAAUAGGUGUGCACUUUUGCCUGCUGCUGUGAACUGUAACCACACUGUGUGUAUUAUAUGUUUAAACUCCAACAUGGCGGCGGACAGCGCUCAUAAUCAAGCUAAAAGCUUUUUUCCUCUUUAAUAUUUCGCCGCGCUCCGUUACUGUGUUUGAUUGGCCCAAACAGUCUGAGUACCGGCGUACAACAAAGCUUUUUUAAAGACAAAAAAAAAAAAACUUGACGUGUUUGGAGGUUUUCAUUGGUUCAGUAGGAGCCAAUCGCUUUUUAGGCGCCAAAAUCGGCUCAAAACAAACACGAAGCCUGCGACGCCGCAACAGCCUCUGUUCUCUAGAAAUAUAAAAACUUGCUCUGUUUUUUUAUUUUAUUUUAUUAGAUGAUUAAUUACUUCUCGUACGAUUCUGAUCUCCUUCAUUUUAUAUCACUGUCUUUACCAAAGCUCUGCUAGAAGCGUCUCUUCAGCCACCUUGAAAUAUCUCCAAACACUUACUGGGCACAUGUUUUAAGCAGUGUCUGGAUGUACUUACACUUUUUGCUUAUACGUCCCUGUAAGCGGACCUUAGGUGGGAUUUUUAAAUAUGUCUAACAACCAAAGUCAGCUGAAGCCUGCUUUGAGAACAGCACGCUGUACAAUACUCAGCUGGAGUGCGUGAUGCACCUGGUGGAGAUGGGCUGCGAGGUGAACAGGGUGACCAGCCGAUUCAAUCAGACUCCAACACACACUGCAGCAUUCGGAGGACAUCCUCACUGCGUGGUGUGGCUCACUCAGGCUGGGGCUGACGUCAACAAGCAGGACUUUGUUGGUGAGGCUCCCAUUCAUAAGGCAGCUCGGUCAGGUAGCUUGGAGUGUAUCCAGGUCCUUUUGAUAGCAGGCGCUAAACCGCAUUUAGAGAAUGCAAGCGGGCAGACGGCAGCAGACCUGGCCCACGCUCAAGGCUUCCACGACUGUUUCUGCUUCAUCUCCAACGCCCAGAAGCACCUGCAGCAGCGUAACGAGGGCAACAUAGUGCAGAAUGGAGGCGGCGCCCCCUGUGGUCUGGGCGCGCUCAGCAGAAAGAGGCAGCUAGCCGCCCUGGACGCGGGCCACCUGAAAAAAGCCAAAAGGGCUGAUGGUAUGCUGAUGCAGAGCAGCGCGCUCGAGGAGCUGGAAGCCAUGAGCCUGGAGCUCAGCGCAGAUUUCAACAACGGGCAUCUCCACGCUGCGCCUCCUCCUCCGCUCUCUCCAAACUCUCACUCUCCGCCACGUUGUCGGCGGGCUUCAGCCGAGAUGUGCGGCUCGCUGCACCUGAGCAGCAGCCCGGGCGGCUGCGUCUCCAACUGGCCCGCGUGCCUGGGGCCAACCGGGGUGGACUGUGGGGAUUUCUUGCAUUAUGGACACUACCAUGGCUUUGGCGACACGGCCGAGGAGCUGAGUGACAGCAGCUGCAUCCGGGCGGAGCAUCCAUCAAAGCAGGCUGUGGAUGGCAGCAUCCACCUAUACCACGGCUCAUAAACCGGAGGCUUCGUCUGCAGGCAGAUGUGCUUCCACUAAACUUUAAAGGAUUACUCUGGCGAUCAGAAGUAAUCCUCCUGUGCCCACAGCCAGGACGAGUCAGGCUCACACUGACUCAGCUGGGUGGUGAAAAAGCUGCUUCCAAAAAUAAUCUUCAGGGAUGGAUUUCUGUGACAUCACACUGUAGGGCAACACUAUUCUCAUAACUCGAGUUAACUUGGUUCUCUUGGUUUAAUCAGCAGCGUCUCUGCAGCCUUGUCCUCACAGUGGCCUUUCAACCACGGACAGCUGGUGGGAAUACUUCACUCGUCUUUGUGCUAAGCUGGUUCAGAGCAUUAGCAGUAGCACGGUGCUGUGUGGGUGUGGAACUCGUCCCGUCUGCUGGGGCCUUCACUAACCGAGGUGUUUACUGCUCUGGGCUCAGGAGUGACCUCCUGCUCACUGUGUUACCUCAGGAGUGUCGCUGAACUGCACUGCGGCUGAAAACUGUUUUAGAUCUCACUGUAAUUUCAUGAGGCUUAAACCAGUCCUUGUGUUUUGUACGACGGUUGUAGAGGCGCCGUUUUUCUGAACACUGUCGCACACGACCUUACACUGACCUGCAUUUGUACUCAAUAAAACCUGUUUUACAUAUAA